GCUCAGUUAAAGGAACGCGAGAAAUGACAGCGUCCAGUCGCCAAACACGAGGUGGACUAGACGCACGCGCAUGUACGAUGCUGUUAUUCUUCGCAUGCCUGUUGGCCGCCGCGGCCGCCGCGCCAACUUACGACCAACGACAGGAUGGCAACUUUAACGUUCAAACAGACGUACAGAAUGUCGUCUUACUCAUCGGCUUACCAAAAAAGUUACCUUUCGGUAACGUUCUUGGCUAUUUUCUAAGAAAUUCAAAGAGAGGAAAUGACAAUAUCCAAGCACAGGACAGGUCUGAUAAUCAUGUUAUGGAAGCAUUCGUGGAACCAAGCACACCAUAUCGAGUAGAAAUCGGUUCCGAAGGUGAGAGAUCGGUGGAAGGUGAUAGUGGUAGCAGCCGUGAUGAGGAGGUAGUUAUAGCAGGUCGGCGGCGUUUCGAAACAGAAUCACAGCACCAAGAAGAUGAAAUGAAGCUCAUAGGUGCGACGGAGCAGUGUGGCCCGGAACGUGAAAGAGAUCCAGUGACUCUAACAUGCCGUUUCCGCGAAUCAGUUCAAGAAAAGGCGCCUGAAGUAGUUUCUGUAACAGCGUAACUUUAUUCCGUCUAAUUACAUAUACGUAUUUAUAUUAUAAGUUAAAUUAUUUGCCACUAUUUGGUGUGAUUAAUUGUAAAUUAUUUUUAUUAUAAUAUAUUAAGCUUAAUUAAAAAAAAUAUGUUUCUCUUAUUCUGAAUUAUUAUUUUAAUUAAUCAGAAUUAAAAUAGUAUUAGAUAUAAAAUACUUAUUGGCCAUUACUUUUCACGUAUUAAUUCAUUUUAAUCAGUAAUUAUAAUACAAAAUUUGUAUAUACAUAAUGAACUAUAUAAUUAGAAAUGUCAAUAUUACCAACAACAAAAUCAAAGACAAUUGCUAUAUAGAGAAUUUAAAAUAUAUGUAAUAAUUAUGUCCUAAAACUUUUAUCUAAAUCACAAAGUUCAACAGAAAUAACUGACGCAGUUAAAUCUAUUAUUAGCUUAUCAUCACGUUCGUUUGUUCAUUUGGUAUUAUUAGAAUGACACUAUCAAUAUAAAGAUCAAUUACACUGUAUUUUCAUCUUAAAUUAAGGAUAUUCAACCCUAGCAACAAUUCUGUGUUGCUAGGAAUGUAUGAGAACAGAGGUGCACAUAAAUAAUUUUCCAAGAAAAAAGAUAAAGAAUAAACCUGUAAGUAAUAUUCCUGUGGGCCAAUUCAGGUCCUCGGCUACUUAUGAAUGUAUAUAUGUAAAAUUACAUAACGAUCAAAUCACUUGUUUAGUCGCGAUAAGGUAACAGACAUACAGAGUUACUUUCACAUUUAUAAUGUUAGCAUAAAUAUCAAGAUAAAUUUCAUUUUAUUUGAUGCAGACCACCUUCGGUGAUAGUAAGAUGGCAAUAAAAUGAGCAAGAGUCAUUA